AUGGCGUCGAACUCUCACUCGACGCCUACAUUCGGGCCUCAUGUCACACAUGUCAACGGCCAACCACUGACACCCACAAAAGGACUCACUCGACGAGUUUCGAAUCCGCUCGCUGAAGUCCAGUCGACCGAUUCCCGUCGCAACUCGCCUUCGACGGCAGAUCACCGCCGGGCGCUGCAGCAGCUUGACGGGAAAGUCGGCAUCACCAACAGCAACAACAACAAUGAGAACUCGCAUAUCGUCUCCGACGUCGCGCUCGAUAAACCAAACUUCCAGAUGCCGACGCAGGUCCACAUCCCCGAGAUUGAGAUCGCCGCGCCGGCCGAGUCCAGGCCAGACCUGUCUCCUCGCACGAAGCAGCUCAUGAGCUUCUGGCAGGAGAAAGAGCGCAAUGUGGUCAAACCAGCUUCCUCCGCCGACGGAAGCCCGAUCAUCAGCAACCGGAUCCGCAACAGCAUCUUCCUUCCUUCACCCAACGGAGGCGGCAGCGCUGCCUCGUCGCCCGCAAGGCCGCUCCCGGCUUCGCCGACCAAACCGCUAAACUUCAACAAGACCAAGCACGACGGCGCGGACAUAGACCAGCCGCACUUGCAGCAGCGCGAGUCGCCCAACGUGCGUCCGCUCAACUUUGAGAAACGCUCGUCGCUGAUGUCGUCGUCGGGCUCUCUGCGCUCUAAAAAAGUUACGUUUGAAAUGGCGCCACCUCAGGUCCUGGAGUUUGAAGCGCAGCCUGAGCAAGCAGUCACAUCGUCAACUUUGGACGACGCCAGCUGGCGGCGCGAGCAGAACCUGCAUCUUCCAGCACGAGCCGCGAUAGAUCGUCCGUCUUCACCUUUAGCUAAAUACGACACCUCAUCAAGUUCUCCGGAUAGCAAUCGUCCCCAGCGUACUUCGAGCGUCAGAGGCGCUCGUCCGCUACCUGCUGUUCCUGUUCGUCCUACGGCGGCUGCUGCUCCCAAGAUGGAGGCUAGAGAGGAGCCACCUCUUCGUGCUCCUCAGGGACGUACGAAGCGCAACUCUAGUAUGGCGUCAGAGUAUGAUGCAAUGGAUGUGUUGAAUGCGUAUGAUGACUCUGAUGAAGAGCCUGAGAUGGAGACCGUGGCGGAGGAAGAGGAGAUUGAGAAGCAAGAGGUUGUUCAGAACUUUUCUGAAUCGAUGCAGACUUCUGCCGCAGUCGAGAACGACAGUGUGGUGUCUGAUGAAGAGAGAGACGAAGUGGUCGAGUCUAUAGUGCCUGCUGACGUUUUGAGCUUCAUCUCAUAUGACGAAGAGGUUACUGCUGAUACUUCAGCUGAGCACGAGAAUGAACAAAUAGUCGAGGAAAGAGCUGCACCUGUUGAAGUUGAACGGGAGGCGACCAGCUCGGGAGAAUUCUCACUUCAGGAAGAGCCAAUUACAAAUCUGGAUUCGCAGCUUGCUUCGCUUGAGGUUAGAGAGACUAUUCAGGAUGAGAUGGUUUCUGAUGAGCAGCUGGAGACUUUGGAGAAGGAGGAAGAGAUUGUCGUACCUAAUGAUGAGGAGAAGGAGGAGACUAGUGAGCCGGUUGAAGUUCCUGUCGUCGACGACGAGUGGUCAGAUGACGAGACUACAGAUGAUGCCGAUCAUGGAGAGGACAUUCUUGAGAAUGCUCUCAACAACUUCAAGAGUCCACCUAGGGACGAGAUGAAGGCUGAGUCUGAGGUCAAGCAGACAAUGACAAAGAGUACCUCUACCGGAUCAUUCAUGGAACUACCAUUCGAGGCCGACGAGAAGGAAAGCACGCUUGGGUUUGACGAGUAUCUCAACUCGAAUUCAUUCUUGUCGCGCGACUGGUCUCAGAACGAUCUAUCUCUGGAAGGCUACGACAGCGCCGAGUUCGACACCGCUGUCUUGCUCGAUCUUCCCAAAGGUCGCGCGUCGGCUGUGCAGACCAUCAAGUCCGCGUCCGGGGCACGGACACGUCCAAGCAUGACACCUGGUGACAUUCAUACGUUGACUAGCGAGGUGCGUAAGGCUAGUGGUGGAUCUGGUCAGCAGAGAUUCUUCAAUUUGCCGGAUUACGUUGACGAGCUUCCGGGGUCGCCGUCCAGACGACGCCAGUUGCUCGAUUUGGAUUUCGGAGAGGACGAUUCUUUUGAUUUGGAAAAGGAGUUUGAUCAGGUCGUUGAGGUCCAAAAGCGAGGCUACCUUAUGCGCCAGAACACUAGAGUCGUAUAUGCUCGUGCUAUUUCUGACUUCCCCGAUGAAUCGCCCAUGGCCCAGAGACUAUUAAUGAUCCCCGGCCGCGGCGGUGCUGAGCCAAUGACCGAGCGCAACACUCAACCUCAGGAAGCUGAAACACCCGUUAAGAAAACUCGCAACGUUCCUCUAGUGGCGCCGGCGGUUGCACCCCAUCCUCCUGCAAAGACGGAGCGGGACGCACGCGUUAAAGCCCAGUCGAUGCUGAUUGACGAUGAGAAGGUCGCGACUACUGCGCCCUCGUCUGCCGCGCAGUCGUCGAAGGCGAUGUACGUUGUUCCUGCUGAUUUGGAGGCGAUCUUGAGCGAUCCGGCAGAGCAGGUUGAUCCUGCUGAUCGGGGUAGAUUGUUUGUGAAGGUUCUUGCGCUUAAGGAUAUGAAGUUGCCCGAGUCCGGCGAUGACUCGCAAAUGUUCUUUACGCUUACGCUCGACAACGGUAUUCACUGCAACGCCGCCAUCUACCAGGAGUUUGAGCUAAUUGCCAGCGAAGAUCUUGAAUUCAUCCUAACCCUUAAAGUGAAGGUCAACCACCCUACUGCGCCGACAUCGCGCUCGCCCUCGCCGACGAAGAAGAACGGCAAAUUCGGCUUUGACAAACUCUUUGCGUCCUCCAAGCGCCGGUUCGCGCCUCAAUCCGAGUCCUUGAGCGACAGCGUCCGGUCAUCGGGCGAGCUCUCGCGCAGAUCCGACGCGGUAGAGAAGUACCUCGGCGCCGACGGCUCCUUCGCCCGCUCCUACAUCUCCCUGCAGGAGAUUGAGAACGAAGUCCGCAUGACGUCCAAGAUCCUCGAGAUCCCGUGCUACAACGAGUGGACCAAGCCCGGGCACGACGCGUCCAAGCCGCGACGCGCGCAGAAGGACGCGCAGGCGCCGUACCCGGUCGGAAAGAUUGUUUUGCAGCUCUUGUUUUUCGAGAAGCUGUAUCGGUCACAGGAAGUCCCGCGGAGCCUGAACGCGUGCUUGAGAUUGCUCAAUGGUCAGCAGCAGCAGCAAUAA